GAAAAAAACCAAUUGAUGACCACAAAUGUUUGGCUGAAGCAGGAAUGGGUUGAUGUAAAACUGAAGUGGGAUCCUAAGGACUAUGCUGGAAUAACAUCUAUCCGUGUUCCUUCAGCUUCACUAUGGAUUCCAGACAUUGUUUUAUACGAUAAUGCAGAUGGUCAUUUUGAAGGGACAUCUACAAAGGCCAUAGUGAAACACGAUGGCACUAUUGUUUGGACCCCACCCGCGAACUUUAAAAGCUCUUGUACCAUUGACGUCACUUACUUUCCAUUUGACCUCCAGAACUGCUCCAUGAAGUUUGGCUCGUGGACAUAUGAUGGUUCUCAGGUGGAUAUAAUGCUUGUGGAUGAAGAAGUAGACAAAAGAGAUUUCUUUGACAAUGGAGAAUGGGAAAUAGUAACCGCAACGGGUAUCAGAAGGAACAGAACUGACGGAAGCUGCUGGUACCCCUUUAUUACCUACUCAUUUAUAAUUAGGCGCUUGCCUCUCUUUUAUACGCUCUUCCUCAUUGUUCCAUGCAUAGGACUGUCUUUCUUAACCGUCCUUGUCUUCUAUCUCCCUGCCUAUGAAGGAGAGAAAAUCUCUCUCUGCACUUCCGUUCUGGUCUCACUCACCGUCUUCCUUCUAGUUAUAGAAGAAAUUAUCCCGUCUUCUUCUAAGGUCAUACCACUGAUUGGCGAGUACUUGGUCUUCACCAUGAUUUUUGUGACCUUAUCUAUAGUAAUAACUGUCUUUGCUAUUAAUGUUCAUCAUCGAUCCUCGUCGACGCACAAUGCGAUGGCACCGUGGGUCCGCAAAAUAUUUCUUCACAAACUUCCCAAACUGCUUUGUAUGAGAAGUCACGUCGAUAGGUACUCAGUACCAAAGGAAGAAGACACCACGGGCACCCAGGGAUCUGAGGAACCUAGGAAUACUUUAGAAGCAGCCUUAAAUUCUGUCCGGUACAUUAUAAGACACAUUGUCAAAGAGAAUGAAGUACAUGAGGUUGUGGAGGACUGGCAAUUUAUAGCUCAGGUGCUUGAUCGUGUGUUCCUAUGGCUGUUCUUUCUGGUUGCAGUUACUGGAUCCCUGACGUUGUUUCUUCCUGUAAUUCAUAAAUGGGCAAGCACAAUAGUACCAGUCAAUGCUGGGAUUGUUAAUAAAUAAACGU